AGUCAGCAGCAGGAGUGUUGAGCACUGCUCGAGUGCAGGAACACGCAGAAGUUUCUGUCUGUCACUGAUCCAGUCCGAUUUACCCGCAGUUACAUGAUAAAGAUGGACAGAUCUAUAGAUGUAUAGAUGGAGAGAUAGAGAGUGAUGGUGUAGUAUAUAAACAAGUCUGUAAAAGUUGGUGGGUGGUCGCGCGCGCACAGGAGGCGGGGUGGGACGGGGGCGCGUGCCUCGGCUCCUAUUUCUCUCCGUGAAACGCCGUGCAGUGCAUCAGUCACGGGAGAGAGAGAGAGAGAGAGAGAGAGAGAGAGAGACACAACAACAACAACAAACACCCGGCGCGUUAAACGUGAUGCCCUGCGGCCACUGAGACCCGGACACUCCGGAGCUGCGGCUUUAUAAAGCGAGCGCGCGCGCGCGGAGAAACCGGGCAUUUUACGCAUCACCAUCAUCACCAUCAUCACCACCACCAUCAUCAUCAUCAUCAUCAUCACCAAAGUAUGUCCUCAAGGUCUGUGCGAAAAUAAAUCUCGGAUUACUUUCAUGCACUUCUCUGAACCCUGAACUACUGAUCAUCCAAGAAACCAGAGAGAGAUACGGACAGGAGCUUCAGAUCAGAUCAGAUCAGAUUGGAUCAGAUCAGAUUGGAUCGGAUUGGAUCAGAUCGGAUAUUUUGUGGGGAGAUUUACCUCUUUAAGAUGCACUUUCUUGGAAUAUCAGUGUGGUUUGCAUUGUCGGCGCUGCUCUACUCGAACCUCGCUUUCCAAUCAAGCCACGAGUACUAUGAUUAUGAGCAGGAGGAAGGAGAUGGCAUGGAGCUGCCAGAGCCGGAUCUGGAGGAACAGUUGCGUUCUGCAGGCAGCGUCGACGAGCUGAUGAGGCUACUCUACCCCAGUUACUGGAACAUGUUAAAGUGCCGCUCGAAACGUACCAUCAGUCCUCACUUCUCUCACCGGGACCCAGACACACGCUCAGACGAGCUCUCCUUCGCCGCCGCCUACUUCAACCUCGAUAUUUUUAAAAGUAUUGAGGCAGAGUGGAGAAAGAUCCUGUGCAUGCCACGCGAGGUGUGUUUAGAUGUGGGGAAAGAGUUUGGGGCGGCGACAAACACCUUCUAUAAACCCCCGUGCGUGUCUGUCUACAGAUGUGGAGGCUGCUGCAACAGCGAGGAGCUCCAGUGCAUGAACAUCAGCACCUCCUUCAUCAGCAAAACACUGUUUGAGAUCACAGUCCCUGUGAAGCAGCCUCCCAAGCCAGUCACCAUCAGCUUCGCCAAUCACACCUCAUGCAGCUGUUUGUCCAAGCUGGACGUGUACAGACAGAAACACUCUAUCAUCCGACGAGCUCUGCCAGAAUGCCAUGUGGUGAAUAAAACAUGCCCGAAGAACCAGAGCUGGAACAAUGGCUUAUGCAGAUGUGUGUCUCUGCAUGACACACUCUUUCCCCAGCAGCACCCGGACCCGUUCGAGCAGGACUUCUGCGGCCCCAACAAAGAGCUGGAUGAGGAGACGUGUCGGUGUGUGUGUCGGAAGGACUUGAGGAUGGCGGGCUGCGGGCCGAAACAUCACCUGGACAAGAACACGUGUCAGUGUGUGUGUAAAACUCAGCCGAAGUCCUGCAGCCCUCAUCACACCUUCAAUAAGGACACGUGCCAGUGCAGCUGCAACAAACUGUGUCCCAGCACACACCCACUCAACCGCACCAAGUGUGCAUGCGAGUGUACCGAGUCUCAGAGGAAGUGCUUCCUCCGGGGGAAGAGGUUCCUGCCAGCCACGUGCAGCUGCUACAGGCCGCCGUGUCACGGGGACCCGAGGAAGCGGGAAUGCAAGGAAGGUUUUUACUUCAGCGAGGGAGUGUGUUACUGCGUCCCCAAUUACUGGGGGAGACUGGAUUAGCGCACGCAAAGCUAGCAGCUAAUGGAGCUAAAAGAAGCGCAGAGAUGCUAACAUAAGCAGCCUUCGUGGUGCCUGCUGCUAAUCAGACUCCCUUUUGCUAGCAUGGACUAGCAAAUCAGCAAACGGGGACUAACUGAGGAAAAAAUAAACAUAAAUAAAUAAAAGACAUUUGAUUGUAGCCCCAAAUAUCAGACAGAGGGGAGCGAGCUUAUGUUGAACUUUCAAGAAGCUGCAGCUGUUUUAUUUUCUACAUCAUUGACUUUUUUUUUUUUUUUACUCAUUAUUUGUCAGAUAUUGAUUAUAUAAUUUAUUGCCACUAAAAAGAUUUUUUUUUCAUUUUUUGUGUAUAGCUAUUUUGAAUCUUCACAAAGGAAAUACACUGUGAUCAAUAUUUUUGUAUCAUGUGAAGUCCAGUAAAAAAAAAAUAAAUAAAAUAUAAAGUUGUCUUAUAUAUUGUUAACUUAUUUAUAAGCUAGUCUAUUAUACAGAAAUAGUACAGAUAAAGCAGAACCAUUCCAAUGUAUUCAGUUAUUCAGCUCUAGCACUAGAACCUCCGUAUACUGUAUGAGUUUUAUCUCCAGCGAGAAUUCCAUUGCAGAAAUAAAAGACUGUUCUUAUGAAAAGGAGAAAAAUGUAAGAUGGAAAAUGAUAAAGAAAACCCAGUCGGAGCAUCGUCCAGCAAAAGUCUGCACCGUGUCACAAAUAAACAUUUUAUAUUUU